AUGGAUUCAGUUGACUCUGUCGUGCUGGACACGGCUCAUCAAACUUUUCGAAACUCCAGCUCGUUCUUAUAUGAGCACCUACACCACCACCAUCACCGACUCGGAAGAAGUCUACACAAUGCCACUCUCCACAACCUUACUGCCUUCAACCCACCGAAAACACCUCCUUUCUACACUGGACUUCACGGCGUCAAUCUAGUGAUGGAUGGCAAAAUGGUUCAGAUGCUUUGGCUGUCAAUUUGCAUUGCGGUGGGCACAGUCUUCGUGCUCCGACUUGCACAGCUGUUUGUGUCAUAUAUUCGCAACAUCUUUUGCAUGAGCGCGAGUCCUGCUCAGCAGAGAUACUACGCAGUCGACCAUAACACGCUCUGGCCUUGGCUGAAGAAGCACAUUGUCUAUGCUCCACUCGGCAAAAAGCGACACAACCGGGAAUUCCAACUAUCAAGUGCGUACAACUACGGCACGCUUCCAGGGCGAAUACACUCCCUACUGCUGCUUUUGUACGCACUCUCGAAUCUGGUAUACUGCUUGAUGUUGGACUACAAUCCUCCCCAGAAAGGCGCCGUGCUCGCCGAACUCCGUGGGCGAAGCGGCAUCCUGGCAACCGUCAACCUCAUUCCGCUUGUGGUACUCGCUUCGAGGAACAACCUUGCGAUUCGAAUUCUGCGGGUCAGUUUCGACACCUUCAACCUGUUUCAUCGCUGGAUUGGGAGGAUUGUCGUGGUCGAAGCCACGGUCCAUCUCUUGGCUUGGAUGGUGGCCUAUAUCGAGGCUAAAGGCGAUCAAGCAAGCCCAAAGAUCUUCAACCACAAUCCUUUUCUCCUUUACGGUCUUAUCGGCCUGCUUGCAAUGCUGGUACUGGCCUUCCACUCAUUCUCCGUUCUGAGACACGCCUUUUACGAGACAUUCUUGCAUGUGCAUCAAGCCUGCGCUUUCUUGGUUUUGCUGGGCGUCUAUGUCCACCUGGAUAUAGGCAAGUUGCCUGCAUAUCCAUGCAUCCUGGCAACAGUAUUGUUGUGGAUUUUUGAGCGUGUGUGGCGUUUGAGUCGACUAAUCCAUCUGAAUGUCUCUCGGCAAGGCGGUAUCACCACGGCGUUUGUGGAGGCCUUACCUGGAGACGCAUGCCGGGUCACGUUCCAGCUGCCCCGACAUAUCACGAUCCGACCCGGAAGUCACGUCUACGCUUACCUCCCGGCGAUCUCGCUCUGGAUGUCGCACCCCUUCUCGGUAGGCUGGACAAACAUUGAGACGGACCCGGAGAUUGGACACUAUCCUCCGCUCAGCAGCCCGAAAACUCCAAACUCACUUGAACGACAAUCACUGCCAACCUCAGUCUGCAAGUCGCUAGCACCUACGAGCAUUUCCCUCAUUAUGGCAGCACGUACCGGCAUGACACGACAGCUAUACCAAGCCGCUCGAGCACAGAUUGGUGGGAAAUUGCAGCUCAGAGGCUUCCUCGAAGGACCAUAUGCUGGGCAUGAUUCACUUGAGAGUUAUGGUACGGUCGUGAUGUUUGCUGGGGGAGCUGGAAUCACUCAUCAUCUCAUCCAGAUUCGACACCUGCUGGCAGGUGCACGAUCGCAAACCGUGGCGACGCGGAAGAUGGUCCUGAUUUGGUCUAUUCGAGACACUGAGCAGAUGGAGUGGGUGAAGCCGUGGAUGAAUGAGAUUCUGCAUAUGGAAGGUCGACGCGAGGUUUUGAAGAUUGUUGUCCACGUCAGUAAGCCGACGCAACCAAUCAACCACAAAAAGAGCAAACCGACGAUGCAAAUUGUGAAAGGUAGGGUCGACCCAGGAACAAUUCUUGACGAAGUGAUACCGCUCAGAAUUGGUGCUAUUAUGGUCAGCGUUUGCGGCCCAGGAGCAUUGGCAGACGAGGUCAGAGCGGCGGUACGGAGUAGAAUUCAUCUGGCAGCGAUGGAGAUGAACGAGGAGAGCUUUACGUGGUGA